AGGCUCGGGGCGAGUGGAGAGACUCGGUGUCCCAGAGAGUCCCGCGCUGGGCCACGACGCCGCGCACCGCCCUCUCCGUCGCUGCCGGCGGCGGCCUUUCUCCGGGCGACGCCGCUACUGCCGUUGCUUCGAGGGUUGAAGGGCCCGGGCGUCCCAGGGCGAGCGGAGACUGCGGUUGACUGAAGCGAGCGUCCGGGUUCCAGAGCUCCCGGCGGGAUCCAGGGGCCUCCUGGGGCUGCACCGGAUGGUCUGAGGGCGGCGCAGACAUGGCUCACCUCAGGGGAUUUGCCAGCCAGCACCCACGGGUGGACCCCGAGGAGCUCUUCACCAAGCUGGACCGCAUCGGCAAGGGCUCCUUCGGGGAGGUGUUCAAGGGCAUCGACAACCGCACCAAGGAGGUGGUGGCCAUCAAGAUCAUCGACCUGGAGGAGGCGGAGGACGAGAUCGAGGACAUCCAGCAGGAGAUCACCGUGCUCAGCCAGUGCGACAGCCCCUACAUCACCCGCUACUUUGGCUCCUACCUGAAGAGCACGAAGCUGUGGAUUAUCAUGGAGUACUUGGGCGGUGGCUCCGCGCUGGACCUGCUGAAACCCGGCCCGCUGGAGGAGGCCUACAUCGCCACCGUCCUGCGGGAGAUCCUCAAGGGCCUGGACUACCUGCACUCGGAGCGCAAGAUCCACAGAGACAUCAAAGCGGCCAACGUGCUGCUCUCAGAGCAGGGCGACGUGAAGCUGGCGGACUUCGGCGUGGCGGGGCAGCUCACGGACACGCAGAUCAAGAGGAACACCUUCGUGGGCACCCCCUUCUGGAUGGCGCCCGAGGUCAUCAAGCAGUCGGCCUACGACUUCAAGGCCGACAUCUGGUCCCUGGGGAUCACAGCCAUCGAGCUGGCCAAGGGCGAGCCUCCGAACUCGGACCUCCACCCCAUGCGCGUCCUGUUCCUGAUCCCCAAGAACAGCCCUCCCACGCUGGAGGGCCACCACAGCAAGCCCUUCAAGGAGUUCGUGGAGGCCUGCCUCAACAAGGACCCCCGAUUCCGGCCCACGGCCAAAGAGCUCCUGAAGCACAAGUUCAUCACACGCUACACGCGGAAGACCUCCUUCCUGACCGAGCUCAUUGACCGCUACAAGCGCUGGAAGUCCGAGGGCCACGGCGAGGAGUCCAGCUCCGAGGACUCGGACAUGGACGGGGACGCCGAGGACGGCGAGCAGGGCCCCGUCUGGACGUUCCCCCCCACCAUCCGGCCAAGCCCGCACGGCAAGCUGCACAAGGGGACGGCCCUGCACGGUCCCCAGAAGCCUGCGGAGCCUGUCAAGAGGCAGCCGCGGUCGCAGUGCCUGUCCACGCUCGUCCGGCCCGUCUUCGGAGAGCUCAAGGAGAAGCACAGGCAGAGCGGCGGGGGCCUGGGCGCCCUGGAGGAGCUGGAGAACGCCUUCAGCCUGGCGGAGGAGUCCUGCCCCGGCAUCUCGGACAAGCUGAUGGCUCACCUGGUGGAGCGGGUGCAGAGGUUUUCCCACAACAGAAACCACCUGACCUCCGCCCGCUAGAGCUGCUGUCCGAGAGGGGCGCAAUCUGCAGGGACCGGCUGACCUGGGACCUCCGUGGGACGGGCCCGCCCUGUGCCCGGGGCCCCCUGCCUCCCCGCCCCGCCCCGC